UUCACUUCCGGCGGCAGGAAGCUGGGCCAUGGCUGCCCUCCUCAGAGCUGUGCCACGGUUGGCAGGCCCAGCUGCAUGGAGAAGGCCUGUCUGCAGGGUGUGGUGCCACCCUGGGCAGGAUCCUGGGAGGUGGGUAGGGAGCAGGACCCCCACCCUGAAGGAGAAGCCUGCAGGCAUGGAGACAGAGAAAUUCCAGAUGGUCUACCGGUUUGAUGCAAUCCGAGCCUUCGGGUACUUGUCCCAGCUGAAGGUGGCGCAGACGGCCCUGACGCUGCUGGCCCUGCCACCUGGCUUCUACUGGUACUCGCAUGGCCUCGUGACUCUCGGCUCCUUGUGCUUUGCGGGCGGGAUAGCUGGCUUCGCCCUGGCCAUGCUCUGCUGGAUGAGCCACUUCUUCCGGAGGCUGGUGGGUAUCCUGUAUGUGAAUGAGGCAGGCACCGUGCUGCGGGUAGCCCACCUGACCUUCUGGGGCCGGCGGCAGGACACGGACUGGCCCGUGGCAGAUGUGAUCCCCAUGACGGAGAGCAAGGACCGGCCCCAGGAGCUGUUUGUGCGCCUCCAGCAGUACAGCGGGAAGCAGACCUUCUACCUCACGCUGCGGUAUGGACGCGUCCUGGACAGAGAGCGUUUCACGCAGGUGUUUGGGAUGCUGGACACCCUCAAGUGAGCUGGGAACGGGGCCUCCAGGUGGCCCUGGGCUGCCUGGAUCUCCAGCAGGAAGGCCGAGGGUAUGGGUGAGGCCAAAGAAGGGGAUCAGGCAGCCGGAGACUUUGCCAGGGCCUCUAGGCCCUUGACUUUUGGGAUGAAGAAAUUCAUGAGGCAGGAGCUACUAAUUGGGUUUAGGAGAGCGGUCUAUCAUACAAAUUCUUACUGCAUUUGUGUAUGACAUUCAGCCAGAUAAUGGCCAGAAGUUUCUGUUAACUGCCAGUUCCUGGAGGAAGCUAUGUUGGGUUCAGUCAAGCUGUGCCGUGUUGAGAAAUCAGAAGGCAGGGCGGUGUGGCAGGGGGAGCACAGGAUGGCAAGUGAGAACGCUUGCACUGCUUGUGUGAAGCUCACAUGAGCUUAAAACAUCCUUCCCUGUGUCUCUGGCAAUAAUAGCAACCUCAGUCCUCAACUCCCAGGCUGGGGCAGGUUAUCAAGUCUUGCUGACUCUUGGUUGUCACAUCCAUGAAAGGGAAAAUCCUGCCUGUCUCAUGGGAUGGGUGUGAGAAUAAACAGUAAAUGUCAAGGUCAUUGCAGAGGUGAUGGUGUGGUGCAAGGCUUCCAAGCAGUCAGGAGAGAUUUCCCGAGCCCUGUGCCGAGCCUCCUCAGGGACUCAACCCCAGAAAGGACUAGGAGGAAGCCUAGAUAGAGGUGGUCAUUUGACCCUGCCGGGAUGGUGACCGCACAGUGACUGGGACAGGUGUCAGCCCGGUGAGCACAGCACCCCUGCCAAGAUUGUGUUCGCCACCCAGACGUGUCCGAAGGCUCUGCGGUGUGCUAAAGUGAUAUGAACUGUGUUCUGGUGCAUUAUUUUAUAAACUAAAGCUAAUUAUAUGCACUGCCCUUCCCCUCAAUUAGUAAUACAUGUUUGUUAUGCAAUCUGUAAUAGAGUAAAGAGGAAGGGAGACAUGAUCUUUAUAAUUCUGCCACUCAGAAGUCAACUACAUGUUUUGUUGUGUGGACUUCCAGUCUUUUUUUAUUGCGGUAUAAUGUACAGAAUGUAAAUUUUUUUUUUUUUUCAGAAUGUAAAUUUAUCCUUUUACAAUUUUCCGGUGUACAAUUCGGUGGUAUUAAGUACAUCUACAGCGCUGUGCAACCAUCACCUGGGUCCAUUUCCAGAACUUUUUCGUCAUCCCAAGGAGAAACUGUCCCCAUUAAACAUAACUCCCCACUUCCCCCUACCCCUGGUCGUUGUGACCACUCAUGUGCUUUCCGUCUUUGUGGAUUGGCUUAUUCUGGACAUUUCGUAGAGAUGGAAUCAGACACCCCAUGGUCUGUGAUGUCUGGCUUCUUUCACUUGCCAUCCUGUUUUCAAGGUGCAUCCAGGCUAUAACGUGUAUGAGCUUCAUUCCUUUUUAUGGUUGAAUAGUAUAUGUGUAGACCAUAUUUUGUUUAUCCGUUGAUGGACAUUUGGAUUGUUUCCAGCAUUUGGCUCUUGUGAAUAAUGCUGCUGUCAACAUGGGUCUACAGAAAUCUUGAGGUCCUGCUUUUGGUCUUUUUGGAUGUGUGCUGAGAAGUGGAAUUACUGGAUCGUAGGGUAAACUCUACAUUUAACUUUGUGAGGAGCCGCCAGGCUUUCCCACAGUGGCUGCAGGAUUUUAUAUUCUUCAGCACUGCCUGAGGGUUCCGGUUUCUCUGUGUCCGUCUUUUGGAUAAUCACCAUCCUAAUGGGUGUGAAGUGGUGUCUCACUGUGCUUCCAGGCUUUUCUACAAACAUAGAUGUUAUCCUGUACCUGGAAGUGUUUGGGUUUUUGCUUCCUGUAACACAAGACUAUCUUAGUUGUAAACCAUUAAAAAUAUUCUGUCACAAGAAAAUAAAAACGUUGUAACGAUUUGAGAUGUCUGACAUUAACCGUGUUGUAUUA